ACGACUCUGCAACCAGCAAACCCAAGGGUCUCUUCUCGCAGCCCAAGAAAAUGACCCAAACGCUAACAGCAGAGCAGAUCACGGAGUACAAGGGGAUCUUUGAGAUGUUCGACGAAGAGGGGAAUGGCUUGGUGAAGACGUCAGAGCUGGAGCGGCUCAUGAGUUUGAUCGGCAUCAAUCCCACCAAGAGGGAACUGGUGACGAUGGCAAAGGACGUCGACAAAGACAAUAAAGGCACCUUCAACUGCGACGGAUUCCUAGUUUUGAUGGGGAUCUACCACGAAAAAGCCAAAAACCAGGACGAAGAGCUGAGAGCGGCCUUCAAAGUCUUCGACCAAGAGCACAAAGGUUACAUUGAGUGGAACACGCUGAAAUAUGUGCUGACAAACGCUGGAGAGCCACUGGAUGAACAUGAAGCUGAGCUCAUGAUGAAAGAAGCCGACAAGGAUGGGGACGGGACCAUUGAUUAUGAAGAAUUUGUGGCGAUGAUGACCGGCGAAUCUUUUAAACUGACCCAAUAAGUCUCCCUGGAAGAAAGGAAUGAUUGACAAAGGUUCUCUUGACGCAUCACCCUGUUUUUCUCCUUGGAAUGUAAAUGCACAAAAUAGGUCAUCUUUCUGGUGUUUAGAGAUAAUAAAGUAAUGCUAUCGAACGUCAGCAUCCCUGCUGAAAGACAGUGCAAGCAAAGCUAUGUAAUGUAUUAAGGCGUAAUGCAAUGAGUUGCGUUGACAAACUUAGUAACAUGAAUGGUAGCAGUUCCAAACAAUUUUAUUUGUUUUAAGGUGACUUUCAAAAAGCAAUAUUCCAAGCGAUGGUGGAAAAUGUUCUCAGCAUAUCCCUAUAGUACAGAUCUAAGUUGGUUUCCUCUCAGUUGGGAAUUGCAGAUUGGUCAUGAAAUCCAGACUCAGCUUCAAGAAGAAAGUCCUCACUUCUCGGGUUCCUUGGAAGAGACGCUCCUUGUUUCUUUUGGCACCCAAAUAAUGUGAGUGUAAAUGAUCGGAUUAUAUACCAUCAUUCUGAACAAUGUAACACUGGCAGUAGAACCAUUUUACCGUUGCUGAAGAGCUCCAUUAAUAAAGGUUUAAUGAAAGAAACAUCUCUGCUCCAAGUGUCAAUGAAAGAGAGGAAAAGGGAGAUUUUGGCAGAGCAAGGAGUGAUGGAAAAGUUACUUGUGACUGGAAGGGAACACAAAUGCACACCUUUGCUGUUGUUAGUCAAAGCCAGGUUGACCAGAUGUCCUAACCGCAAAGGAAGAGUUGGCCAGGAGCAAAAUGCUCCUCUCAGUGUUGUGAUGGCUACUAGGGCAACUGAAAAUGGCACAUGAAUCAGUGCAGGCUUUUGAGAUCUUUGGAGCGCUGCAAAGUUUAGGACGUUCAAGGAAAAUAUAGACGUGGUACAUACCACCAACAAGCGCUUUCCCGGACUGCUUUGUGCAACAUUUUGCUUGAGAAGCGCUCCGAAGAUCUCAAAAGCCUGCACUGAUUCAUGUGCCAUUUUCAGUUGUCCUACUAGCCAUCACAACACCAAGAGGAGCAUUUUGCUCCUGGCCAACUCUUCCUUUUCUGCAUGGCUUGGGAGAGUAAUAUAUAUAAAAAAUGCUUAUAAGUGCUAGGAUCUUCUUUGCACUUUUAAAAAAUACAUACAGACAUAUAUGACAAUACUACAGGGAAGACAGAGGCGUGUCACCAAGUGAGAGAGCUGAAAAAGGGACACUUCGGAUGAGGGCAAAGGAGAGGUUUGAGUAGAUGGAGGGUUGCAAUGCCAGCCCCUCCAAGCCCUGGAAGAUGCCAGCGGGUGUUUUGCUUGGACCAGGCUGACCAGCUGAUGACAACCCUGGAAAUUGCUGGGUUGACUUUGGAAGGGCGAAGAGUAUCACACGCCCACAUGCUCACAUGCUUAUGAAACCCAGGCUGCCCAAGGGAGAGGGAGGAUUCAAACAUAAGGAAGAGAGAAGAGCACAAGACCCACCGAGCUUGGCUUAAAGGUUAUGGAUGUUAUUCUUAGACAACAGUAAGGAUGUCGAAACACCUGCCAUGGAAGGGAAUGCAAUCUGGGUUGGCUGGAAGAAAAACCCAGGGCUGGGCUAGUCCAACUAAAAUGUCCACCAUCCCCAGCCAGUUGACCAAGGAUGAUGGAGGCUUUAAUCCAAAUGGAGAGUGUUGUAGGUGCUGCAAAAAGAUGGCUUGCCUAGUUAUUCCGGGCAAAUGUUUCGUGCUGUCUGGUCUUCCAAGGAUUUGGGCAUAUUUUAUUCCAUGGGAAGAGCAGGAUGCACUUCAUCCUAAAGCACAGCCCUCACAGGAUCCCGCUUGGAUCAGAUCACAGGUCUAUCCAAGCUGCGCGCUGCUCUCCGGUUCAAAGCCAAACCAAAUCGAAAGGUGGUAUUGAAACUUUGGUAGAAUUUUGUAGAACGUGCGCCAUGAUCAGGUUUAUUUUAUCUAUUUUAAUUGAUUGUAUGCACAGCGCUGUGUAAAUCGACAGCGCUAUAUAAUAAUAAACUAUACAGCAAAGAUAAAAACAGGAAUUCAGCCCAGUAUUUCAUUCCUCCCACUUUCCUUCUUGGCUUUAAAGAGCACCAGUCAAAAUCCUGCUCUGCAAUUCCUCUCCAGGGACUUGGUUCUUUGGUGGGAAGAGAUCUCUUCUAAACCUGACACCUUGAAAUGUCACUUUCUUAAACACAACCCCAGGUUCUGGGUGUAGUAGUCCAAAGACAGCUUUAAUGAGUGGCGACGUCUUGGUCUCAUUCACACACAGACAGCAAAUUCCUCAUCCGAACGUGGUUCCUAUCUAGGAAGUAAUCCAAGAGGCUGUAACUUUCUGGCACCACUCUCACUGUGCAAAGACUGCACCCCUUGCCUGAGUAAAUUUGCUCAAGGUUCGGUUCCUUUGCCUGCAAUGCCAAGUUAAGUGGUACAAUGCUGUUAAGUUUAACAUUUACGACUCCUUUCUCCUUGCUCCGUUGUCCUUUUGCCGUAUGCAGGAACUAGAAAAGGACUUACUGCAGGGGUGGGAGUCAUGCUGUUGUUGGACUGCUGCCCCCAGCAUGCGCCACCACUGACUAUGCUGGCUAGGACUGCUGGGAUUUGCAGUCCAACAACAUCUGAAAGGCAGGAUGAUUCCCACACCUGACUUACUGCAGCAGAGGAGAAUCUGGUCAAUCCUCUCCAUUUGCGGCUUUGACUUUUGCUGAUC